CCGCCUCUCUUCUGAGUGCCACCCCAUAUCUAUGGCCACCCCUAAAUCGUGAGCAAACUGAGCAGAGUAUCUCAGGACAGGGUUUACUGAUUUAAAUGGAAUUAUGGCUACUAGUCAAUCUUGCUUAGGUUCUGCAAUCAAAGUUGGACACUUGAUUGAUGUUCUUGAUUUAUUGAAGAGAUGUGGCUUUCCAGAAACAAAAUGGUAUGAGCUUGGACUGAGACUAGGACUACUAAAGAGGACACUGGACGUCAUAGAAAAGAAUCAUCCUCAUGAUAUAUCUAGGUGUAUGACAGAGUGCCUCUCCCAAUGGUUAGGUAGAGCUGAUAAUGUUGACAGUAGAGGAGGAGCCAACUUGGACUCACUGUCAGAUGCUCUACGAUCCAUGAAUGAAACUGCUGUAGCUGAGAAGUUAAGUGAGUGA